UCUCGGCGUCAGCAGCACACAUCUUGGGGGACAUCUGCAGAGAGCGAUAUGAGGCUGUUCUGCCGAUGGUUCGACUGCUGCUCCACCACAAUCGCUUUGUGCCUUUUGUCUCUGCUGUGGCAGCGCUAGAGCUGGACAACACUCAGGAGGCUAACACUAUAUUCCGUGGUAACUCACUGGCAACACGCUGCAUUGAUGACAUGAUGAAGAUUGUAGGAAAGAAUUACCUGGCGGUUACCCUGAAGCCUGUAAUAGAUGAGAUUUGUGAAUCCAACAAGACAUGUGAGAUAGACCCCAUAAAACUAAAGGAAGGUGACAACGUGGAGGUCAACAAGGAGAAUCUUCAGGGUUAUGUCCAGAAAGUCUUUUCCUCCAUCACCCAGUCCAGUUCCACAUGUCCCCCACUUAUGUGUGAUGUCUUCAGGUCACUGAGACACUUGGCCUGCAAACGCUUUCCAGCUGACCCACAUGUUCAGUACUCAGCUGUUAGCAGCUUCGUGUUCCUGCGGUUCUUUGCGGUCGCUGUGCUUUCUCCGCACUCCUUCCAACUCCGCUCCCACCAUCCUGAUCCUGAGAUUUCCCGCACACUUACACUCAUCUCAAAAACAAUCCAGACCCUGGGCAGCUGGGGCAGUUUGUCCAAAAAACUGUCUAGUUUCAAAGAAACCUACAUGUAUGAUUUCUUCAAAUCAUUCCAAGAGGACAAGUGCAUCGAAAAAGUUAAAAAGUUUCUUGAUGAGAUCUCCUCUAACGUCAGCAAGGAGUCCAGUGGGCUAGAGGAUGCGGUGGUUCUAAAGGAGGGGGAAGUACAGAAACGUGCCCAGGGGAGAAAACGCCUUGGCAAGAAAAACUUUAAGAAGAGGUGGCUCAGUGUGACCAACAGGGAGCUCUCCUACCGCAAACAUAAAGGGAAAGAGGCCCUCUGCAUCAUCAAUGUCAAAAAUAUCCAGGCAGUGGAGAAACUGGAUGAAAGUGCCUUUAACCGCAAAAACAUGUUUCAGGUGGUCCAUUCCGAGAAGCCUCUGUACGUGCAAGCUGGAAACUGUGUAGAGGCAAGCGAGUGGUUGGAGGUCCUGGGCCAGGUCAUUCGCUGCAACGAGGGACGCCUGGCCACCUUCCAUCCGUCAAAUUACACCAGUGGAGCCUGGCAGUGCUGCAAAAGCCAGAGUAGCAGCGCAGCAGGCUGUAAACCCUGCACAAUCACCGUGCUGGCGAACCUGCAGCUGGACAUAGACUGUGACCGGGAAACGGAGAGAAUUUUCUCCCUCCUCUCCUCAAACGACACCAAGCUCCAGGACAUGGAGGAUGCAUGUGCAAGUAUGGCAGUUUACCAGGGCCCUCAGCGGGAGCAGGAGGAAUACUCAAAGUUCACCAUUCAGGAACCCAAAGAGACCUUUCAGACACUCAAACAGCUCCGAAACGUCAUGGAGGAACUUCAGAGGCAACACAACAUCAGGAGUGACACCACAGCGCAGUACGGAAGCCUGGACAACCCCAUAGUAGGGAAAACCUCUUAACCAGGGCGUGGAGGUGUGGCCUGAAACAGCCAUACCAGCAGGUGCCAGUACUACACAGAGAGCCUAAACUGUCCUAAAGGAGCCCUGGGAGUCUGUCACCCAGCGGGGAACGCCCACUGUGUGUCCCGGUGAAGAACAAAUGAAUACACCCUGACCUCUAGGCAUCAUGAGUCCACUACAGUAGUGACAGCCUAAGAACGGGAACCAGACUAGCUCUUGAGCUUUUCCAGGAUCUCUUCUUCUAAAUGAACAAAUCCCAUAGGUGUUGUUUUCUUUGGCAGUACGUCGCCUCCCUUCCUCUGCUUUGCAGGCCCCUUUUAUAAAGAGACGUUUUUCCUAGUCUUAAUUUAUGUCUUUUUUUUACGUCCACAUUUCUGUGAAAAAGGCAUCAUUAGAUGGUGUGUGAAUAGGCUGCUAAUUAUUUUUAUUCACCCAGUUUUAUAUCAACAGCUGUGAUGAUGCUCUCCCAAAUUUUUUUUGAGGUUUUGCGCUGACAUCUGUCUUUCAAGUUGAUUGAUUUUCAUCAUCUCUCUGGAGGAUUGUCCUCUAUGUGUGUCCCUCUUAUCUUUCUCUACUCGUUUAGUGUCCUUCCUCUUCUGAACAAAUAUUAAGUAUAUAUUUUUUCAGAGGACAGUUGAGUAGAUGAAACCAAUAUGCCUUACUUUGAUGGAUGUUUCUUUCACAUUAAAUGCUGAGGGAAUAAUGCAGAAGCACUUUAAAUAUUUGGAGCACUCCAAAUGGAAAUGAUUAGAUACUUGGUAUCGGCUUUCCCCAUUUUGAUCAGUUACAUGAUCUUGAGUACAUUUUGUUUUGUUUCAUUCCUGUACAAUGACAUUUAUAGCCUGUAGAUUUUAAAAUAUUUUCCUCAACCAAAGACGAUUUCAUAGGUUUGACUUGAAAAAAGAAUUAUGUAUUUUGAAUACAAAUGUUUUAAAAAUGGAAACAAAUUAUAUAUGUGUGUGUGUGUGUGUGUGUGUGUGUGUGUGUGGUUUCAUAUCAUUUACUUUUUAGUGACUUAAGGCAAGCAGACUGCAUGCGUUUUGAGUCCUGAUAGCACAUGAUUGUGGUGUAGAGUUAUAUUUCCCUGUGAUUGUGAAUCGUAUUGGUACGGUGUACAUCAGAUCUGUGUUGUCAUGUUCAGAGCAUCGCAACAUCUUUAGUGGCUUAUGUAAGAACUGAUGGAGAAGAGUCGAUCAGAAUAACAAUAAAUCUAACUAAAUUAAUCCAGACAAUCGCAGCAAUCAACAAACACCUUUAUUCUUUUUUUUUUUUCUUCUUCCAACCAGCAGCACUCGGCAGCUCCAGCUGUUGGACCUGAUGGUUUUAGAGAAUGUGGUUUAAAGUUUCCCACAGCUGUUAGGUGUAGCUCUCCACUGCCAGAACAGUCAAGAAAAGUCUGUGUAUUAAAUUAUUAAACAAGUUUAAAUAGAUCAAUCAUUGAUAAUGAUAAAACACAUUAUUGCACUCAUAUCACACAUUUUUAUUAGAAGGUAGUAGGGCUGCAUCUGAUCAAUACAGUAAUAGAAAGUAGUAUAUAUUAAAAAAAUAAAUAAAAUUAUAAAUGCUUAUCUCAAGUUAUCAGAGCAGAACACAAAUUUACAUUUUCAGUUUAUGAUAUGAAACUGAUACAAGCAACCAAAUCCUCACAAUUUAAACUACUCACCAGCAAAUUUUAAAUUAUUUUGCUGUCAGUAGACUUAUCGGUUAAUCCACCAAUAAUUUUUCUGCGCUGGAGAAAUCUGAUGAACAGUCAGACUUUGAUUCAAUCCUGGUUUUGUCUUUUUGUUUUUAGCCCAUUUGAACAAUGAAGUGUUGAAAAGAUACAAAAGAAACUUGAAUUUAUUUUAACAAAAGUUGAACAUUUUAACGCUGACAAUGCAGCGUUAAGUGUAUUUUUCUUUGUGUGUGGAAAUAAGUUGUUUUCAGAAGUUGUGUCUUUGGUCCUUCAUAUGUUUCUAACAUGCAUGUCUUGUGUAUUUAACAAUAUAUUUUUCUAGUAAAGGUUUGUUUGUUUUUGUUUUUUUUUAAACACUGAUUUAAUGUGUUGCUAUAUUGGUAUGGUACCUUGUUCUUUGUCCGCUUUUGUUUGUAUCCCUGAGUUGUUCCCUUCACAAACUGUAUGUGGUUGUAGAUGCUGCCAAACCUCCAUUUGUUGAUAGGUUGACGCAGUGUCACUGAAGUGAAUAUGUGUAAUGUCCCACCAGCUGCAGCUGGCACUGUGUUCACAUGCACGCUGUAAGUGAAUGAACUGCCUAAUCAGAGCCAAAAUACAACUGUAUAAAAUGAUUGAUUUUCAGAAAUUGAUCAUUGGAUCAACUUUCUCUCUGCUUGUGAAAGUUUUUCAGAAAAAAAAAAUAGUCGGGCCAAAUUUCCAAAACAAUAUGUGGGAUUGAAUCUUAACUAAUCAAAGCAUAAAGUUGUUUUCUAUACUUUAUUAGCUUGCAUGUCAACUCCAUUGCUAGUUUUAAUAAAGGCCAGUAAACUGGCAGUUAAUGUUCUCUGGUAGUGCGCUCACUUUCGUAUGAAGAUGAAUAUAUUUUGGUUUAUUUGCUUCUAAUAAGGGAAUUUUCUCGAUUUGUUAUUUCUUGUCCGCACAUUAUCCUAAAACAAAAAUAGUUCUUGUCAUGAUGUGGAAACGCAUGCAGUGUUGGACUGUGGCCAGUUUCAUAUAGUAAUUUUACCAAACUGAAAGGGACACGUUCAUAUGUGCUUUGAACUAUCAUAUGAAUCACAUCAAUCAAGGUAGUAGCCAGCUUGUACAUCUAACGUGUGUUUCAUAGCUUUUCAUUUUAAUUACGGAAAUGACAAAAGUCCAGGUUUAUGAAAGAACAAGAAAUUGAUUUCAGUUUACUCUCUACGGGAAUAAAAUUUCAAAACAAUGUUUUCUUUUCAGUGUGUGCUAUAAGAGACGAGAUCGAUAAACACUCUGUGUGGAGGCUUCAUGGGCUGCUGUUCAGUGCUGCAGACACAUCUGUCACUUCUUCUGAAUGUCUCCAUACUGUUUUAAUACUGUUUUAACAGUUGUCUUCAUUUUUAUACACAUUAAAUAUUUUAUUUUCCAUACAUGGUCUUUUCUGUGUCCAUUUGAAACAAUUUACAAUAAACACUUUGCCAAUG